AUGUUGCGUUACUCUUCUCCAAUGUACACAUCAACAGCAUCAAGUAACUCAACUAACCGUCGAACUUCAGAACCCUCAUGCGGCGGCAUGCCCUCCCAUGGAGCACUCCUACUCGACCAGCACAUGGCGAGCAAUGAUUUCGAGCUCUACCAUGCCCAGUCCAACGCAUCCUCCUAUUCUUCCUCCUACCCAUCUUCCAACUAUUCCUAUUCCUCCUUCGGCUCCUAUGAUUCGGGCUCUUUUGAGGCGUCUUCCUACGACUCUGGCUCCUAUGAAUUUACCACGCCUCCGCCCAUCUACUGCCCACCGGAUCUCAAUCCACAGUUCGCCCCACAGUACUUUUCCUCCCCGGUUCAGGGCACAUGGCCCACUCCCCCUGCGCAGGUCUCACCUGUGGAGGAGAUCCCCUACCCCCCACUGGAGACCCACUACACUCCGUGCGAGACAGCCAAACCGGUGAAGCCCUACGUCUGUGAGUGCGGCCGGGCGUUCACUCGACCGGCGGACCUGAAGCGGCACGAGUCCAGCGUCCACAACCCUGUCUUCCAGGACUGCCCGGUGCAGGGAUGCAUCCGCAAGGACAGCAAUGGCUUCCCGCGCCGAGACCACUUGAUUGAGCAUCUGCGGUCGUACCACCAUCUCAAUGUGCCGAAGCGCCGUGCGGCUACUAAGCGGGUGGCAAAGGCGGCUUAA